AUGGAAAUGUUACCGCUAAUCUCGCUCGUUGUUGCAGCAGUGUGCAUAAUGCGAGCAAUAGUCUUGAUGAUCAAGAAUGCUGGCUCCACGUCGGCCAGCAGCACAAGAGCCGGCGGGGCGCCUCUCCCGCCGGGCCCGUCAACCCUCCCUCUGAUCGGCAGCAUUCACCACCUGGCCACCGGCGAGCUCCCGCACCACGCCAUCACUCGCCUCGGCCGCGAGCACGGCCCGGUGAUGUACCUGCAGAUGGGGCAGGUCGGCCUCGUCGUCGUCUCGUCCCGCGAGGCGGCCAGGGAGGUCAUGAAGGUGCAGGACGCAAACUUCGCCCACCGCCCGGAGCUAGCCGGGCCCAAGGUUCUGCUGUACGGCUGCGCCGACGUCGCCUUCUCCUCCGGCGGCCCCACCUGGCGCCGGCUGCGCAAGGUGUGCGUCGUCAAGCUCCUGUCCGCGAACCGGGUCAGGUCUUUCGCUCCCAUACGGAGGGAGGAGACACGUCGUCUCCUGGAGAGCAUCGCCGGACACUGUCCGGGCAAGGCCAUUGACCUCCGGGCCAUGGUCGAGGUCUUCAGCAGCGCCAUCGUGAGCAGGACGGCAUUGAGCGAGACGUUCGAGCACAGGGGCUCCAUCUUAAAGAAGGGCCUGGAGCUGGCGUCGGGGUUCAACCUGUCGGACCAUUUCCCGUCGUUGAGCUUCCUCAACGUUCUGAUGAGGCACCGGCUGCGACGGGUGCACCGUCAGGUCGACAAGCUGCUCGAAGACAUCAUUGCAGAGCGCAUGCGGCUUCGGCAGAAGAAGAUGAAGGAGAAGGACACAGCAGAGGUCAUGCUAGAUGUGCUUCUCGAUGCCAUGGAGCAUCCAGACACGGAUGUGCCCAUUACACACGACAACAUCAAAGCUGUCAUAAUGGAUAUGUUUGCCGGGGGCACAGAGACAUCAUCGUCAACGAUAGAGUGGGCGCUGGCAGAGCUGAUGAAGAACCCCAAGGAGAUGGCCAAAGUGCAGGACGAGGUGAGGACAAAAAUGGAAGCAGUGACAAGCUGGUGCGACAUCGGACAUCUCAGCUACCUCCGGCUUGUCGUCAAGGAGACGAUGCGGCUGCACAUGCCGGCACCUCUUCUAGUCCCCAGGGUCUGCAAGGAGCAGUGCCGUGUCGGUGGCUACAUGAUCCCGGCCGGCAGCAGGGUGGUCAUCAACGCAUGGGCCAUGGGCAGGGACCCGAGGUACUGGGAGGACGCUGAGGCGUUCCGUCCCGGGAGAUUCCUCGGCACAAGCGUCGACUUCAAGGGGGGCGACUUUGAGUUCCUGCCGUUCGGUGCCGGCCGGAGAAUGUGCCCAGGGAUAGAGUUUGGGCUCGCCGGCGUCGAGCUUUGCUUGGCUCAACUCCUUUUCUAUUUCGACUGGACGCUUCCCGGUGGCAUCGCGCCGGAAGACCUCGACAUGAGCGAGACAUCGGUCGGUGCUCUAUCGGUAGUCCGGAAGGAGCCACUUCGGUUGAUCCCCAGCAUACACGCUCCACUUCAUCUCAACUAUUGA